CAUACAUUGGACGUUGCUUCAUCUGCGCGCGUAGUCUAAAUAUUGGCAAAAUGAUAGUCUCCAUUGGCUUGGUGUCAUUAAUUCUUGUUGUAGUGAAUGCCAGAAUUGAUUGUGGAAGCAGUGUGAAACUUGAAGUUGACUUUGAUAACGUCCAUUCGCAUGGAAUAUCUUAUAGAAAAGCAACCGUCAAGAAAACUAACCCAGUAAAUUUAGUUUUUAAUGUGAUUGGUGAACGAAGGCCGAUAGAAAUCGAAUCAAUUGAUUGGACGUACAAUAAUGUAUCAAUCAAUAUUGGUGACAAUGAUAUUCAAGAUAUAUAUUAUUCAACUGAGAAAACUAGCUCUGGUCUCACUGUUACAUUGCAUAUCAAAGUGCCAACCUCCCGUGUUGCUGGGACCUGGAUUCUUACAAUAAAUGCAAAGGAUAAUUCUAAACAUGUUGGUUUUUGUUAUGUUUCGUGUCAACCUGUAAUUCGCUCGAGAUUUGGGGCUGUUCGUGGUCACGAAGGCAAUCCACUCUCUGUUCUUUGUGAAGUUGAUGGUUUCCCAGAGCCAAAUCAGGUUGUUUGGAAACGUGUAGUUGAAAAUGAAGCUGAUCCAACUCAAAACCGACUAGUCCCUGUACGCAAUACUGUGUUCAAAUCGCAUGAGAGCACUAAAGAUGCCAUCAUGGAAUGGAAUGAUGCUUCAGAUUCUACUGGAUUCUAUCUGUGCACAGCAACAUCACCAUUAGGAUCAGACAGUUUAUUGUUCGAAGUUCGUAUUAAAAGUAAAUUGGCUCCUCUGUGGCCUUUCAUUGGAAUUAUAGCUGAAUUGGUGGUACUUGGUAUUAUAAUAUUGAUUUAUGAACGUACUCAAGCUAAACGUCGUCGUGAAGAAGAACGGACUACAUUGUUAAAACAAAAUCCAACAGGUGAUCGAUGUUAAACAAAUACGCUAAUUGCUUGUGACUGAAUAAUCGUAUCUGCGUUUGUUCACCUCAUACCCUAUUUUGUGGUAUUCAGCGUCAGUAAUAGUCUCAUUUCAGUAUUGUUUUCUCUUUCAGCAAUAAAACUUAUUUAUUUGUUUGUUAGUUUGCUUUAUAUAUAUCUCUUCCUUAUCAAGUGGCAUGUAUUUGUGUAUGUGUGUGUGUGUGUAUGCAAGUAUAGAAGCGCUCACGUUUGUAUCUAUGCCGUUUUUUGGCAUUGAUACUUAAGUAUUCUCACAUUUAGAUUAGCAAGAGUAUUAGCGCAUUUGUACACCAACUGCUAUGAUUAAUAAUAAUAUAAUAAAGGACAUGAAUAUUUACUUUUAUUUUCAUAUAUCACUUAAUUUCAUAUUCUGGCUAACACUUACAAUAAAAAGGCCUUGUACUCUUCUUAUUCUAUGCUUACUAUUUUAUCCUUAAUUAUAAUCAUUAUUGCCGUUUUCUGUUCUACAUUACUUAUUUCUAUGUUUACAUUAAAACCUCUUCAUCCAUUGUGUUUUAAUGAUCAUUUACACUAGCCUAGCAACAAAAAGGAACGAUGGUUUGUAUGUGUUGAAUAUAGUUAACAUUUGAAUACUACACAUAUACAUCUACAUAGGUGUCAUGAGGGCAUACACUUUAUGUAAUCAUCAAUGUUUGUUUGUUUUUAUUAUCGAGUUACAUCAUUAUUUUACCCUUUAAAUGUACAAUUUUAAUUUGCAUCUUUAUUAUUAUUAUCUGCUCUAAUAUUUCAUCCAUUGUGACUGAUCCUCCUUUAGGAGGAUCUUCUUGGUCCUCCUUUAGAAUAGCUUUAUUUUACAAUUUGAAUGAUAAAUAAAUUAUAUAUUUAGUCAA